AUGCGCAUUUUCAUUAAUGGCAUCAACAGUCUGAUUGGCUAGAGUCUGUUUGAAGAACUGAGAAAUGAUCACAUUGCCAUUCACACGGGUGAAACUCCUCACAAGUUCUUUGGAACAAUCAAUCAAAAGGAUGCAGACACAAUUCCAGUGCCCUCCCCAUCCAUCAAGAUACUCAAUUCAAAGUCAAAGCCUAGAAACUUUAGAAAGCAAAUAUCCACCUGCGAUGUGUUCAUCCUAGAUCUGAUGAGUUCAAACGGAGAAUACGAGGAAGUGGAAUUCAUACUUAAGACGCUUAAGAAUCCACCUGAGGAGUUUAAAGCAAAUGCACCACAGAGUCAAACAGUGAUAAUGCUCACAACUGUAAUGACCUGGAUCAAUACUCCUAAAAAGCUUAAGAAGAACUUCCCUAAAGCAAGACCUGAGGACUCAGACUUGGAGGAGGAGACUAAGAGUAGAAGACUUGUAAGAGAGGAUGAAAGCGACUCUGAUGAAAGAAAUGAACUCAAGAGAAUUCCUGAAAAUGAAAAGGUGCUGUAUUUCACUGAUAAGGAUUAUCAAACUAGAGUCCCUCCCCCCAGAUAUCAAUAGAUCAAGAAUCUGGAAAUGCUUGCUAUGUCUGCUAAUAAGGCUGUCAAGAAUCUCAGAGUGCACAUACUAUGCUCUGGUUUACUCUACGGAAACGGAGAAGCCAAUAAUGUGUUCUAUGAAUUCUUCAGAAGAGCUUGGCUUUCUAUGCAUUAAGAACUGGCUUCACUUCCUAUCAUUGGCAGUGGUGUCAAUAGAAUACCUACUAUUCAUGUUUUAGAUCUUGCCAGGUGCAUUAGGCUAGUAAUAUAAUCAAGGUAUCUCUAGCAGCAAUAUUUGAUAGCUGUUGACGGUGCUGUGCGACAAACGUAGAAGAAAAUAAUGAAAGCAAUAUCAGCAGGUAUGGGAAGCGGGUUGUUCAAGCAUGUGGAACUAGAAGAGGUUGUCGAUGAGGACUGGUGCGAAUACAUCUCUCUCGACUUAAAAAUGAAGGCAUCAGACAUUUUCAGAUCUGCUUCAUUCUGGCAUUGCAAGGAGGGCAUUAGAAAGCAAACAAUGUCCUUGCUUAAUCAAGAAUUUAAUUUAUACAGAGGUCUCUUUCCAUUGAAAGUCUUUGUAACUGGUCCUCCUGCAUCUGGCAAAACCCAUUAUGCAUCUUAUCUGGCUUAAGCCUAUGGAGUGCCCCAUCUUAAGAUUAACGAUCUGAUUCAAAUGGGGUUGAAACUUUCAGAUACUUUUGGAGAAGAAAUUAAGAAAAAGAUCGAGGAGAUGAAGGAUUAGAUUGUGGCAGACUAUGAAAAGACUAGAAAGAAGAAGGACCCUGAACUUGACAGAAACACCAUCAAGGUCAGACUGCCAGAUGAAUAUCUUUACCGACUUGUCAAGUUGCAGAUGCAAACAGCUGCAUGUAGGAAUAAAGGUUUCAUAUUGGAUGGUUAUCCACGUAACGUCAAUGAUGCUAAGAAUAUCUUUCUCAGCAAGGCCGAUGACUACCAACCAUCACUUGAUGCUGAGGGUUAGGACAUAAACCCAUAUCCAGGUUAUCAGGUAGAUCAAUCUAUACUGCCUUAGUACGUGAUUGUCAUUCAAGGAGAUGAUGCUCAUUUGAAGUAAAGAGUGAAGGAGUUGCCUGCUGAGAAGACCAUAGAUACUCACUUCAAGGAUCCUGAUAUGGACAGAAGACUGAAGAUUUACAGAGAGUUGAAUGUUCAUGACUCAGGAAACAGUGUUCAAUGUCUCUUUACUAACUUGAUUGGAAGAGAGAAUGUCAAAGUAAUCACAAGUCAAGAGGAUGAAUAAUCUAACAAUCAGAAGCUCCAAACAUUUAUAGAGAAAAAUGGUAAACCAUGCUGUCUAAACCUAAUUACUGAGAAGGACGUUAAAUUCCUUAAAUCAAUAGAUAAAGACAAAAAGAGGCAAGCAGCAGAUAAGACUCACUAGAGUAUCCCUGCCGAGGAGGGCAAAGAGGAAUUGAAACAAGAAGAUGAUGAAGAUGUCGAUGAAGUAACCAAGAUCAUUAGAAGAGAGGAAGAAGAAGUCAAGCGCAGAGAGGCUGAGGACAAGGAAAGAAAGAGAGUAGAGGCUCUGGAAUCAGAAUAAAAGAGAAUCAAAGAUGAGUCUGAUAAAGUCAAGUUAGAGCAAAUCAGACAAUAGGAAAGAGACCUUCUAGAUACAAGGUCAUAGCCAAUCAGACAGUAUCUAAUGGACAAUGUCGUGCCACAUUUAACACAAGGACUAAUAGAGCUUUGCAAGAGAGUGCCAGUUGAGCCAGGCGAAUAUCUAGCUGACUUUCUGUUGAAAAAGGCAGAUGAGAUUGACUAGCAAAGAAUACUCGAAAGAGAGGCUUAACUUAAGGCUAAGUUAGAAGCUAAGGCUGCUAAGUAGAAUUGA